ACUUCAACGGUUGUGAAAAUGUUUCAUCUUUCUUAAUUUGUGAAUGAGUUCAUUUUUGUAUUGGUUUUAUCCCUCUAAUCAAAUUCAACACUUAACUCUUUUCCCUUUCCCUCUUCCUCUCUGUUAAUUUAUUAUAAAACUAUUUUUGGUUAUUUUUAAUUUCAAUUCAUCAAUAAUUUAUGACAAUUGUAUUUGUUUGGUUCAAUAACUUGAGGACAUCAUAAAGAGUAAAUUACAGGAAAAAAAAGAAGGAGAUAAAGAGGAAAAAGAAGGAACCAAAUUUGUUGAAAAACCGAAUCGGACCCAAAUAUACUCGGAUCUUCUUGAAAUCGGAUACAACUACUAUUCGGAUAUUGGUUGAGGCUUUUAAAAUGGUUUUUUUUUACACUCACUCUGUGUCUCUCUAGUACUGUGGAUGUUUUUUGGUAAAUUAUUGAAUUUUUUUUUAAAAAAUAGUGAUAAAUGAUUUUGUGUAACAACGAGUAUUUAUAACUAACUGAGUUAUUAUUGUAAUAAAUUUUAAAAUGAGUGACCUAGUGGAAAACCACACCCUAAUGGAUUCAUUAGAUGACCUAAUGCAAAAUAUAUCCAUAGAUGAGUUUGAGUUGAGAGAAAAGGAGAAGAGAAUACGCAAAUUAACAUCAAUAUUGAAAAAUGAAGAGAAUAAGUUAACGCUUAUGAAAAAAGUUCGACAAAGUCAAUCGCAAGGCAUUCAUCAUCAACGAUCUACACCUCCUGCUCACAGUCACUCACAUCAUCAUCCAACACCACCAGCACACAGUCACUCUGUUUACAAUACACCACCAGCACAUAGCCAUCAUCAUCAAUCACCUGCAUUGGCAGCACAUCAACAAGCUCAUGUACAACCACCCACAAUCCGUGCUGCACAUCAGUCCAGAUCAACCACUGUUCUAAAUCCUCCGAUCACACACAAUCGAUCAGUGAAUUCAUAUGGAGCACAUCCACCACCACCUCUUGGCCUACCUUCUCACCGAUCUAACGCUUUAUCUGCGCCUGUAAUUCGCGGGCCACCUACUAGCCAUCAUCAUCAAUCGCUUCUACGUCCUGGCUAUCACUCUCUUAAUCGAACUCCGGUAACAACACCACCGAAUGUUGUUCUCGGCUAUCCUGUGCAAGAUUUAAGGGCUCAACAAUCUCUUUCACAUACACCAAAUCAGGUUAAACCUGUCAGACAAUCUGAUAUUCAAGUACCCAGCAAUGCUUGCUCUUCACCUUUAGCUAAUGAGAUUAAUCAGACUCCAGCGCAGAGACUCGCAGCUGCUAAGGCAGCCUUGAAGAAACAAUUAGAGAAAACUCUUCUCCAAAUUGUCCCCCCGAAGCCACCUCCACCAGAUUUGCAUUUCAUCCCCAAUGCAAAUAAUAAUGAAUUCAUCUAUUAUUAUGGUCUUGAAACAAUUGUCGACUUUUUAACUGGAUUUGAUCAAAAUAAAUCUCCUCCCGAACCCUUCGAGUGUGUUAAGUGUAACACAGAUUUUACUCCUGCAUGGAAGUGGCAAGACAGUUUCGACUCGAAUCAAAGAAAGCUUGCAGUCUGUGAAUCAUGUGUUUCUUCUAAUAUAAAAAAGAAAUUGAGAGAUGAACAUUCUAAACGUUUAAAAACAGCCUUCUACAAAGCCCUUCAACAAGAACAAGAAAUAGAACAAAAAAUAUCAUCCGGAGCACCAAGUCCACCCGUGCCAGCGCUAACACCUCCAAUUAAUUCAACACAAAACAAUUCUCAAGUUGCCGGCCUAUCAAAUCUUGGUAACUCUACCCAUGGAUUUGGUAAUUCAUCGGUGCUACCACAAGCGCCACCAGCUCACAGUUCUUUUCCGCGCCAUGGGUCUGCUGCCGCAGCAGCUGCCGCUGCAGCAUCGGCAACCGCAUCAGCAGCAGCACUGGCUGCAUCUGCAUUAUUCACCAAUCUACCUAAAUUAACACCAGCUCAGCAAUCCCUCUUUCAAGCCCAACUUCAACAACUGGCUCAAAGUUUAAACCCUCAAUCUUUAUCACAACCUCAACCGGCGCAUAUGCUGCCUUUCGCUCCUCUACUUUAUCAAUAUGGAGCAUUGAUGAACAAUAAUGACGUUCAUCGGCAAUAUCUAUUGGACAUGAUCCCACCUCGUUCACUGGGACCUUAGGAUAAAGAGGAAGAUAAGAAGAAAGAAAACAGGUUUCUACAAAUGGAUUCACUUUCACGCUCCACCUCUGGUUUUUCUUCUUGAGCACAAUUACAACUUUACCACUGUUUUAACUAAACCGAUUAAUGUAAUUGACCUGAGAAAGAAACGACUUUAUUGGCCCAACCAGAUUUCUCCAAUACUUUAGAUUGAACAUUUCUCCUGUUAUUGUUUUAGCAUGAUUAACCACUGAUAACCUUCAAUAUCAUACUUUUAUUUUUUUUUAAUUAUCUAUUCAAAUCAAUCUUGCAUUCAAAGGCUGAAAAUCUUCUCAAUGUUGGUUACUUCAAUACUUGCUAGAUGAUUUAUCAAUUUAAUCUUAAACAAACAAACUAAAAGAGACGAUUAAUUAACGGAGUAACAAUGAUGCAAGUAAUUAUUUGGGUACGCAUUUAAAACUUUAAUGGAUACCCAUUAUUUUUUUGCAUUCAA